UUUCAUCAUUCAUUCAUCUGUAACCUAGAGCGGCGCUGCACAAAGCCGACCAUGCAGUGAGCAGUGAAGAAAUUUUGCGCACAGCACCCAAGCGUAAAAGAAGAUCGAUCAUGCUUCUGCCUCACAAAUUGAUUAUCCAAAUCUUACUGAGGUUGCCGGUAAAGUCUCUUAUACGUUUCAAGUCUGUUUGUAAGUUAUGGUUUUCUCUCAUCUCUCAUGAUCCCCAUUUUGCAAAUUCACAUUUUCAACUUAACUCUGCAACACACACUCGUAGAAUUCUAUUAAUGUCAACUUCAACUCAUCAAUCUCGAUCCAUAGAUUUUGAAACAUCGCUUGACGAUGACAAUGCUUCUUUUUCACUCAACCUUCCAGAGGGUUUUAGAGGUCUUGAAAUUACAGGGUCAUGUAGAGGUUUCUUACUUUUCUGCAGUUCCUUAAGCAUCUAUCUUUGGAAUCCAUACCUUUGGAAUCCAUCCACUGGAGUUCAUAAACACAUUCCUUUAUCUCCUUUUGGGUUCAAUUUAGAUGCUGAAUAUUUCUAUGGUUUUGGGUAUGACGAUUCAACCGAGGAUUAUUUGGUUGUUUCAAUGUCUCGCAUUGAUUCAGGCGAUCCUCCAUUACGCUUGGAGUACUUCUCAUUGAAAUCUAAUACAUGGAAAGAAGUUGAGGGUCCUCACUUCCCUUAUGUAUUCCAGGAGGAUGAGCCCAAAGGUGGUUUGCUCUAUAAGGGAGCUAUUCAUUGGGUGGCUUAUCGUUAUGAUUUACAAACUGAUGUUAUUGUUGUAUUUGAUUUAAUGGAAAGGAAACUUUCAUAUAUGCUUUUGCCGACUGAUUCUGACGGUAGUCGUUUGGAGUGUGGUUUGUGGGUUUAUGGAGAAUUUCUCAGUGUAUAUACUAAGUAUUACACAAAUGAUAUGGUUCAAAUAUGGGUGAUGAAAGAAUACAAAGUGAACUCCUCUUGGACUAUGGCUCUUGCUCUUCCCAGUGAUCCAUUUUUUCCAUUGUGUUGUACUAAAAGUGAUGAUAUUAUUGGGACAGAUGGUGAAGAUGGACUGGUGAAGUACGAUAAAAGUGGACAGUGUCUGGAGCAACAUUCUUAUCCUAAUUAUUAUCUUAGAUGCAAUUUGACUAUGUAUAUAGAUUCUCUGCUUUCACUCCCUGGUGGUUAUGGUGACAACCAGCAAGCUUAGGAAGAUGACACAAACAAGAAGAAUGCUUCACUAUUUUCUUGAUAUUUAUAUUGAACUAGAGCAUAGCUCCUACAGUAACAAUGCAGGUUUCCCCAAGUGGCUAUGUAUGUAGAGUCUUUGCAUCCAUGGUGAAUUGAGAUAGCUGAAGAUGACGGACGCAAACUAGAAGAAUGACGUUUUGAAUCAUAUGUGUUUGAAUGCAUUUGUACCACGAGCAAGUGUACUAUAUGAGCUACUCCCUCCGUCUCAUAAUAAGUGUCCCAUUUGAGUAAUGCGCGGUUUUUAAGAAAAUGAUUGGAUGUGUUGAUUUUAGUAAAAAAGUUAAUGUCAUUUACUAGAAUACCCCUAUUAAUAGUAGUUGAAUAACGUGAAAGUUAAUAAAUAGGGGUAUAAUAGUGGAAAAAUAAUAAUGAUUGAUGCAUUGGAAUUGUAAAUGGACAAUUAAUUUGAGACAAGGAAAAACUGCAAAUGGGACACUUAUUAUGAGACGGAGGGAGUAAUAUAAUAUGUCAUGAAAUGGUUAUUGGUUAAGUAUUUGUAACAUGCUUAUUGAUAACAUUGACAUCUAUGUUUGUGUGAUUCACUAUUAUUCAUGUAUGUAGGCUGUAGCUGGAUUUUAUCUAAUGUUUUUGUCCCUGUUUGAAAAUGAUUCUGAUUAGUUUAUCC